CUGGUAUCUCACUUUGGGGAGCUCCAGAAGGAGCCAGAUGACAAAGGGAAUGGCGUGUCCUGCCCAUGAGCUGCUGCAUGAGCACUCCACCAAGGGAAGAAGCUGUUGAACUCCCAUCUCCACACACUCAUGAGUUUUCCUUUGGCAGGUGAAUGGACUAAAGUGCUGAAGAUUACACCACCUGUGUCCCACUGCCUCCAUCUCCUCGUGCCAGGAUCUGCUGUGCUCCAGGGCCAUGGAGGAGCAGGUGCAGCAGGGGAUGCCAUCAGCCCAGCGCACAGGAGGCCACCACCCCAUGCAGGAGGGAGAGGUGUUCAACACACGAUACCAGGUGCUGCACAAACUGGGUUGCGGCGCCUUUGCCACUGUCUGGCUGUGCCAGGACAUGAGGAGGAAGAAACAGGUAGCUGUGAAGGUUCUGAAAAGCAGGGAAGGCUUUGCUGAAACUGCCCAGCACGAGGCUGCUUUCCUCCGCUGUGUAAGCUGCAUGAAGAAGAAGGACCUGGCGGGGGAAAACAUCGUCUGUUUGUUAGACGACUUCAGAAUGAUUGGAGAUAAUGGUUUCCAUUCCUGCCUGGUAUUUGAGGUGCUGGGUCCUUCCAUUCGAUGUCUGAUGGGAAACUACACAGCCCAGGGACUGCCCUUGCCUUUUGUGAAAAAGUCUUUACAGCAGGUGCUGGCAGGGUUGCAUUUCCUGCACAAGUGCUGCCGCAUUAUCCACGCAGACAUCAAACCGGAGAACAUCCUGCUGCAUGGAUGCAGCAAAAGGCUCCAAAGGCUUCUCAUGGAUACACUCGACAGCGACCAGGGAACAGAAGUGAGGCUAAAGGGAGCAGGAGGUGAUCUUGGCAAUCAGUUGGAAGAAUCUGAUUUAAUGAGCAUAGAGGUGAAAAUUGCAGAUCUAGGAAGCGCAUGCUGGACAUACAAACCUUUUUCCAAGGAGAUACAGACCCAGCCAUACCGUGCCCUGGAAGUGCUUCUUGGACUAGACUACGGCACCCCUGCGGAUAUCUGGAGUACAGCCUGCCUGGCAUUUGAAAUGGCAACUGGGGAGUGUCUAUUUGAUCCUCAACCCGGGAAAUACUUCUCCAGAGAUGAUGAUCAUGUUGCUCGUAUUAUUGAACUCUUGGGAAGAAUUCCUCCUCAAAUUGUUUUCUCAUGGAACAAGUCAACAAAUUUUUUCAGCAGGCCAGGCGCGCUCCUGCGGCUCUCCCGGCUCUUCCCCCGUAGCCUCCCCGGCAUCCUGGCGGACCGGCACGGCUGGACAGCGCGGGACGCGGCCGCCUUCGCCGCCUUCCUGCUGCCCGCGCUGCACUACGCGCCCGAGCGCCGCGCCAGCGCCGCGCAGAGCCUGCAGCACGCCUGGAUCGCCGCGCCGUGA